CUCUUGCGUAAACAGCUGUUGCCAGUGAUGAUUUAUUUACAUUCUAAUAUAGGUCAAUUCUAAACAACGGUGAUUUUUAAAAAAAAAAGUUUCCUUAUCAUAUUUAGGCCAAAUUAAAUCAAAUUGUCUCAAUUGCUUUUGAUUCAAUCACUGAUUGAGUGAUUGUGUUCUGUAAAGUUUUUUGGCUUACCAAGUUUUUUAAGUUAAAUUUCCUAGCUAGUGAUUCAGUGACUAACUCUCUCACUCUCAUCACCACACUGUAGUCUGUAGUCUGAGACUGUAGUCUGUAUGUAGCCGAAGCGUAUUGUAUGUACGUAUGAAGCGUAUUGUAUGUACGUAUGAAGCGUAUUGUAAAUUUAAGUGUAAAUGAGUAAAAUUCACAAACGUUCCACUACUGUUGUUAUUAGUAUUAGACGUAUUAAUAUUAGUCUUAUGUCUAUGUAAAUUCAGUAAACAAGCGACUUGUCAAAGUCAAAUGUGUGCUUCACUUCAGUGAAAAAUGUGUGUGUAGUAACAGUGUGUAAGUGUAGUGCAAUUUAAAAUAUAAAAAAAAAUUGACUGUUAUUAUCUAUUAUUAUUUAAGGGGGGACCGGUAGUCAACUUUACGUAAAAAUCAUGUUUUUUUGUUUUUUUUCAAUUUUCCAAAAAGUGUAUAUUUGGUUACAAUAACCUCUUAUAAACACAAUCCACAAAUAAAAUUUGCUAAAAAUAAUUGUUCUAAGUACAUAAUUUGUCCUAAUAUAACACGUAUCUAGGCAACCAUUUCAGGAAAAUCGGCUUUCCGAUACGUUAUGGUCAUUUUAAAACCCUUUACAACCGCAUUCCUUCAAGCCUAAUGCCUAUUGUUAGGCCUCUUUGGAAAGCUUAGACCACUGGCUACAACUUUGACCUACUUAUCUCAAAAUCAUUCUACCUAACAAAGAGAAGCGAGCUGUGCAAUACGUCACAUUUGUUGUAAAAGUGUGUUUAGACGGCUUCUACGUCAUCGUGUAGUAAAGCCUGUAAUUUCAUUGGUCAACUAUAAGUAAUGUUACCAAAAAUAGCACAAAUUGGGUUACCGUAUACCGAAAUGCAACACGGUUACUUUCGUUUCGCAACCAUUCUGUGUUGAUAAAACUAUCCACCGUUUGUCAGACUUACAUUGGAUUUAUCAAAGGCUGCUCUUUUCGUGCUCACUAUAUUUGUUCAAUAACAAGCCAAAGGUAAAUAUGGAUGUAGUAUGAUUUACCAUUUCAUUAUUAAAAAUUGUUUUAGUAAUAGUACUAGUAUCAGUAUCGUCAACGUCAUGCUUUCUCACGUCAGUAGUGACAACCUACCCAUACAAAUUAUUAUAAAUACAAGGAUCAUUUCAGUUCUGAAACUAACUAAAUUAUAAAUUAUAUAUAUAUAUACUUGUUUCAAAGUUUUAAUAUUUAAUAACUAUCAUUAACCAGAUAUAUUUUAUUAUGUGCUUAUUUACUUGUCAAGAAUUGAGUGUAAACUAAAAAAAAAAAAAAAAAAUUUGUUUGAGGUUAGUUAUUUGAAAGGUGUGUGGGUGUUGUUGGGUUUGAUUGACGUCUCUCAUCAUCAACAAUUUAAAAGAUAAGGAAUUAACCACUUCAUUUGUAAUCCUUUCUUUACCUUGAUGACUAAAAUUAAAUUGUUCUGAUUUAUUUGCAGUGAAAUGGCACCAAGAAAACAAGCAGCGAUUCUGCGAGCCAAAAGUACAGCUUGCUUCGAACAGGUACUAUUCUUGGAAACAUGGUGGCAGUAGAAUCUAAGAGUGCCAUGACACCUGAUGCCAGGUGGGUGUAAGUGUAAGACUGGAAGUAUUGUAAGGAUUAUAUCAUAAUGAUAUAUAAUUGUUUUUUUUAUAUUGUCAUCUCUAUAGGCCCCACGAACAGCUGCUCAAUAUAUUAUCUAUCUGCAUUUAUAAAAAAAAUGUAAUGCUGUUACUAUAUUUAUUGUUGAUGGAGCAAAGUGUAAUUAUAUAUACAUUUUUAACAGAUAAAAUGAAUCUUCAGCAGUGGCUCUGUGAGAAUGCAGUGGCCAUCGAAAGUUACAGAUGAAAAGACCUUCGGAGGAAUAUUCUGACAUUUUCCGCAUGCUUGCAGCUGCCUGGCCUGAUGAGAACCCUAAACACCAUGACUGCCCUACUGGAAAGACAUGUUACUGUUGGCAGUCAGCUAUUGCUCAGAAGAGGUUCCACAACACAUAAGAGGAAAAGAGGCAGUUUUAUCUCAGAGCAGAUUUAUUUAAAUUUUUCGCAUUUUUUUUCUUUGGGGGGUGGGCUAGAGAAUCAGUUAUAUUUUUUCCACAGAAAGACUUUUUAAAUAUAUUUUUGAUGUAUCAUAUUUUCAAGAAGCCAAGGUGAUAUAAUAAUAUAACUUUAUGCCACUUUAAUUAUUUGAAAAAUAAAUUAUUUCAAUAAUAAAACUUCUUUUUGCAUUUUCUCAUUUGUGUCAAUUUUACGAGGGUCAGGUUAUUGGAAGCAGUGUAUCUCAGAAACAACCUAUCAGAUUAUAAAGAAAUUUGCACCACAUGUUCCUAACAUGUUUAUCUACAAUGUGAUAGAGGGUUUUUAUUCUAUUUUAAGAGACAAAAAAAUUAUUUUGAAUUUUGAUAGAACAGUUUACGUAAAUGAUGGAUUAUUUUUUGACAUAAUUUUAAAAAAUUCACCAAAAAAUUAUUUUUUCAGUUAUGCUAAUUUCCUUCUAUCACAUUGUGCAAUGUCCUAUUUUUAAUAUGUAUGCCAAGUUUCAUUGAAUUCUUAUUGGUGGUUAUUGAGCUACGCUGUUUCCUGUAAGUAUAUAAAAUUGCUCAAUUUUACCCCUAUUUUCUCAUCAAAAGCAUAAAAAAAAAAAAUUAAUUAGUCCCAAUUGGUUUUUUUAAGUGUUUUUAUUGCUUUUGCAAUGUGAUUAGCAAAAAAUAUUCUGUCUUAGUCAUGUGUUUAAAAUUUUAGCAUUUUGACUACCUGUCCCCCCUUAAAAUUAAUACAAUCUAAAAAGUAGGCCUAGGUUAUCUUUAUUUAAGUUAGUUAAGGCAACAACUUACUAAUUAAGUAAAUGACUUUGACCCUAUUCAUAUUAUUAUUAAUAUUGGUGAAUUUAUCAUUUAUGCAAUCCACGCCACUUAUUUCCCAUGCCCAUAGCCGGCAUAGCUUACAUCUUGGUUGUCUUCACGACAAGUGUCUUAGCAGCCAAGAUGGAGGCUGUGAAAAGAAGAAAAGUAGUGCAAACACACAGCUGCUAAAAUGGGGAGGGGGAAAGAAAAAUUGUGCUGUUUUAACUAAUUACAGAGAGAAAUGAUAAUAGUACAAAAACUUUAAAAUUUAAUUAAAUGAUUUCAGCCAGUACUUUAUUUUCGCUGCAAACAUAGCAACUUUAUCCCAUUAGAUAUGUGGCAAUAAGUGUCAAUGACCUGUGAUCACCCCUUUUCCUGCCGCAAUUUCGGCCAGUACAUUAAUUUCACGGUAAACAUAGCCAUGUUAUUGCACUAUAGGAACACCUCAUGUGUUGGCAGCAUCUGGAAAAACUGGCCUGGUCACCAUUGGAAGAACAGUGACGAUUAUCCAGGUUCUCCAUGCUAUUCAAGAUAAAUAAUGGGCUGGUCUCCCCAGACAGCAAUGAGAUGAUGACAGGCAGUUCUGGCUCAUAACAGCAGAACACAGAACACAGAACCGGAACUGCUCAAUCCUACCAAAGACAAUCAGGGACUGGGACAAGCUACCAAAAGGAACAGUUGAGGCAACAAUACUUUACAUUCCAAAAGAACCGAUUGAGGAGACAACAUAUGACAUUUGCAUCUAUUGCAGUGUUUCCCAGAGUGGAGCCCACGCCCAAAAGGUGGGGGGGGGGAAAUUUUAUAGUUAAGGGGGGCACUUUGAAAAAAAAAAGCCAUCUUAAAUUGGAAAACCCAUCAUCUACUGCAAUUUAAUUUGUAUUUUAAAAGGAGAAUUAUUAGAAUCUCAAUAUCUCAAUUUAAAAUAAGCGUUCAAAGUGUUGAAAACAAUUUAAAUUUUGAAUAUUAAAAAUUAUGUGUUUGCUAAAAAGGGGCAUACGAAUUUUAGAAAGGCUUAGCUGGAGGAUGGCACCAAACAGGUUGGGAAACACUGAUCUAUUGCCUCCUGCCUUCCUACUCCCAGUUCCUCUUACCAUCGCUGAGUAGCCCUUGCAACCAGUGAAGUAUCCUCUUCAAAACCAUGCACCGAAACAUCGUGUCCCUGCUCUACAAACAUAGGAGCCAUAAUGAUCAAUGCAUUUAUAUUGGGCCAUCAAAAUUCAGAAGAAGAAACACAUGUGCUACAGUUACACACUGUUGUAAGAAAAGGGUAAAAAUUAAGAAAAACAGUAUGAAAUCAUUUCAAAAUAAUCAAAACCCAACAUGCAGUUUCUUAGAGGACACUUUUACUCCCUUUAUUGCUGGCUCCACCAAAAAGAAAAUCUAUAUUUCUGGAAAAUUUAAAAAUUCUAAUUAACCACCCAAUGAUAAUAUAAUUUAAAACAUUUCAUCAGCAUAGUAAAGACAAGUUAACUCUAGUAACAAUCCAAGAAUAAAAACAAAAGGGAGAGAAUCCUACACAGAAACUCCAAGUGGUGUGGAUUAGCGUAAAUUGACGUUAUGUUUUACAUUCCUUGAAUUUUUUUUUUUUAAAAUUGAGAUUUCUAGUCACCUUACAAAAGAGUCAAUAAGUUUUAGAAACCAUGUCUAAAGUUCAUGACGUUAUAUAUAUAUAUCUGUGGCGAGAUGCAUGAGGCUUAUAAAACGUUUUGUUUCAAAACAUAUAAUUUCAACAUUUUGAAGUUGUGAACAAAAUAAUGCAUAAUUAUUUUUAAAAAAUGUGUAAUAAAGAUUUUUGGUGAUCAGAUGCAAAGACUGAAAAAAAAAUCCUGGAAUUAUUUAUAACAUUGCUUAUUCAGAAAGCAAAUUCAUUUUAGUAUGUCAUAUGCAGAAUUGGACAUUUCAUGAACAUUUAACAAAAAUAAGAAUAGUAAUACAAAUUUUUUAAAAUUUACCACCUUCCACAAAAAAUUACAGGUUUUUAAUUCUUUGUUACCUUUUUACAAUUAUUUACACAUUACAAAACAUAUCAAUAGACAAUUUAAAUUUCAUGGUACUUAGACAAAUUCUUGUUUUCUUAUAUUUUUUUUGCAUUUCUAAUUUAUACCACACUGUAAAAAAUGUUUUAAAUCUGUGUAUUCAGGAACUAUUUGAAGUAUUUUGUGUUAUUUACUUUUGAGUCUCUUGGAACAUUAUCAGUUUUAGUAAAUCCCCUAAUGCUCAUAUAAUUUCCUCUGUGAACAGUUAAAUAUUAGGUAGCUUUAGUUCAUCUAUUCCAUAAUUUUCUUUUCAACAAUCCUGAAGAGAUUAUAGUUGGCAAUAUCAACAAAAGAGAAAGAAGGGUUUGUCCAGUGUCGUCUCUUUACUUAAGGUGAUAUAUCCAUUUAUCAACUAGUCAACGCAACACAUGACUGAAUUGUAUGAUUUCAUAAUCUGAUUUUAAAAUUUUAUUUUCUCACCAAUAAUAUACCAUUAGUUUUGGUUCCGUUCACAAAAGAUUAUCCAUUUGCUGUCAUAUUAUUUUAAAUAAGUGAGAUUGCUUUAUUUUCUCCUUACUUACAAUUGUUUCUUAUCCACCACAUAUCACCUUGCUUUGUUUUUUGAAGAAUGUCAUAAUUUGAAACUUGUAAAAUUCAUCCUUUGAAAUAUCAACCAACCUCUGUUGAUGGAAUGUUAAGAAAGUCCCAUGGUACUUGGGUAGCUGGGUUAUUUUACAAAUGUUUAACCAAAUCCAGUGUGAAAAAUGUUUUGAAAAACCUUUAGGAUGAAGAAAGUGGCACACUGUAUCCAUGUUGAUAUUUCUUCCCUCAGAUGGCUGGGAGAAACUUAGGAGUGAAAACUGGUGGGUCAUCAUCUUGUACAUCAUAUGAGUUUCACCUGUGAAUGUAAAAGAACAACGAAUAUUAUUCAUGCUACUGUGAGGAAUGAUAAAAAGUAUAUAGGCCCAUGCCUACUUAUGCUUCAAUUGCAUAUUCCUAGCUCCCAAUAUGGUGUAAAUAACAUAAUGACUUUAAAAUAUGACUUCAUUGUAUAUUUUAUUUACAACACACACAGAUGUCAAAUUUCAUUUUAUUUAUUAUGAAAUAUAUCAUCAUAGUUAACUCCAAAUGGAUGAAUGCUAUCAAAAUAGAAAUCAGAAUCACUUGAUUCUAGUUGUCAAUUCUCUUCGUCAGAAUCACUUGAUUCUGGUAAUCAGUUAUCUUCCUAGUUUUCUGUGACUUUGGCUGAAAACAAAUUUCCCCCUCCCCCAAGGAAAAUAAAAGUCGGAACUAGCUGCUUUUGAAUUUUGUCCCAGGCUCUGACCCACUCCAGUCCACCACUGAUGAUAUAUUUCAUAAAGCUGUUGGCCAACUCUAAAGUCUAAUAAUAUUUAACCAACACAGUACUACUAAGUACCAGCAGCAAUAAUGAAACUGUGUUUUAUUAUUUAGUAGUUUUGCUUUCAUUGAUUUGGCAAUUAAAAAUAUAAAUUAAAAAAAAUGAGUAAUGUGAACUAUUAUUCAAAGAAUGCAUCAGCACCUGCACAGCCGCCAACAUCACUCUCAUUUGACAUUAAAAUGUAUAGCUCAGUGAUAGCACACCUUUUGCUCUUGGUGAUAUUGUUCAUAUCUCUGGUUUGCAGAAUGCUGGAGAUAACAAGCUGUACUUUGGUACCCUACUUUAUACAGUAUUCCUUACAACAUUGCAGUUAAAAUGAAUCCCCACUUUUCAUUUUAAUUAAUACAGACAGUUUGUGUGUGUUAUUUUCUUGAAAAAGGGUAUGCAACAUUUUUUAAACUCAGGGCAUCUCAUAAAACUGAAAAUGUAUCUCACCAAUUAGUGAAGAUAGAGUUUGUUAAGGGAUCAAUUUUGACGUCUAUUUUUUCUUUACCUUUUAACCUCUUGGAAAGCAUAGGUCGCCAACAACAUAUCCAUGUUCAUCUCAUGUUGUAUCUUUAGGUUGCUCAAACUCUCUCCAACCUCUUUGACCUAUUUAUUCAUCGUUCCCCUGAAAUAGUUAUUUGAUCUUUCAGACAGAUGCAUUACACAUUUUGCUUUCCAGUGAUCUCUUUAAGUGUGUGUACAAUCCAUCUCCAUCAUCAGCAAAAUAAAAAAAAAUAUUUCCGUUUGCUUUAUAAAAUAGAUUUUAAAGUGUGAUAGCCAAAUUGUCAACAGACAAAUUGUCAACAGACAGAUUGUAUUUAACACCGACCCUUUAGUAUGUGAAAAUAGAAGAAAAUGAUCACAUUGUUUUCAGGCCUCAUAGUGCAUCAGUCAAAUUGUUGAAGCUGGGUAGUAAUACAACUUUAUGAAAUUUCUAAAGGCAAUUUGAAAUAUUAAUUUUGCAUCUUUUCUUUUACCCCUACAGAUAUGCGGAAAACUCCCAUGUUACAAAUAUAAUUAUUUUUAUUUAAUGACACUGAUAUAUACUGCUGAAAGAGAAGCAUUGUUUUUUAAUCAACACAAAAAUCUAUCAUGACCGAGGAAGGCUUUAGUAUUAACAAAAAUGAGGAUGGAGAAAUCUCUGCCUCAUUCAAUGCAAGGAAAUUCUAUUAUGAAGAAAGCACAGAUGGUGCUAUAAUAAGCACCACAAGUGAGUCUGUGCAGGACCAAGAAGAUCACGAAGACCAGGAAAGGAAGCUCAAUGCAUCACUGUCAACAUCAGAUCUGCAAAACCUCACAGAAACUGAUCCAGCCCUUAUGGAGGAGAACACAGGCAGAAGUUACAUAGGUGAGCCAUCAUCAAGAUCAACACCCAACACAAGGCACAAUGCCCCCACUCUAUCAACCUGUGGAUCUGAUAAGACUCCUUUGCUCAAAACCAGGUCAUCAACCAUUGAUUCUUGCAUUGGUCUAAAUGUCGAGGGAGAGUCUGAUGACAUAUCUGAGACAUCUUGUGGUUGCAGUGAUCCUAUUGUUGAAGACCUGCCCCAUCAAGGAUCUCUUCACAGCAGCAUCAACUCAUCACAGUUACAGGGUAGAGAUGGUCUCAUGAUGCCUGGAACAAUUAAAGUUCCCAUAAUUGGGCAUGAAACUAUGGAAGCCCGUUCAAAAUUUACGGUAGGUCAGUCAAUAUGUCUCUGUUCUAUAAUCGCUUUAGAUACUUGCAAAUGGUAAAUGCUGGUUUGCUUUUUAUCUAGGCAUUAUAAUAAACCAUUACUAAAAUUAAUUGUAGUUGGUUGCUGUUUCUCUCUUUAGGUUUUCAAGAUUCAUGUUAUGAUGGAAGAGGAUGACUUGGGCUGGUUUAUUUUUCGCAGAUACUCAGAUUUUAGUCACCUCAACGAUCAGGUGAGACCGCAGUGGUUUGUCAAUUUAUUUAUAAAGAGCUCAUUACAUAAUGAGUUAUAAUUGAGAAAAAAAAGUAAAUAAAAAUUAAAUAUUUUGGCUUUAGUAAUCUUGAAAGUACAAAUGAUUGGGAUAAAUUUAUUUAUUAAUAACAAUUUAAAAUGUGUUUUAAAUUCAUCAUAGAAACAUAUACUUUUUAAUGCCAGUUACAAGCUUUUCUGAUAAUUUAUAUAGAUCUUGCAAAAAUGAGGUCUGAAAUAUUAUUUUAAUUAGGAAUAAAUCAAAUUUUUUUUCCUCAUCUUCAGCUGGCCGUUCUCUUUCCAAACUUUCGUCUUUCGCUGCCCCCAAAGCGUUGGUUUAGGAGCAACUUUGAUAUAGAAUUUUUGGAAGAGAGGCAGCUUGGCCUACAAGCUUUCCUCAACAACAUAACUGGUCACAGAGAUAUCUGUAAUUGGUGAGUUAACUCUUUAACAUUUUACAUUAGAAUUCUGAUAUUUUGGACUGCUAUAGAAUUGAUUAGGGCAGAGUUUUGGGAAAUUCCAGAUUCUGGAGAAGAAUAAAAAUAGAACACCUUGUAAAAUUGUUUUAUGAAAUAAGAAAUACAGAUUUCUUCAUAUGUCAAAAUAAAAUAAUGUCCAAAUUAUUGAUUACAUUUGAAUGUGAUUAGCAAAAAUACAGUGUAACUUGAUCCUGCAGUUCUGAUGGGCUUCUCUUAAAUUAUUAAAUGUAUUAUAUAUUAUUAAUAUAUUAGAUUUAAAAAAACAAAAAUGGAUAUGUCCUAGAACUAGAAUUGUACAAGCACCAGGUGCUUCAGCUGCAGAUUUAAAAAAACAAACAAAAAACAACUGUGUAGACUGAAAUAAAUAAUUAAUGUUCAUCAACCCUCAGAGAUGCCAGACUGAACAAUUACUUUUAAUCCUCUAGGACUAACUUUUCUGGCAAUUAGCUUUCUAUUUGGUUUUCCCUCCUCAAAUUUUAAUUAGUAGUAUUUUAUAGCCCUAUUUCAUAAGUGGUUUGAAAAUAUUAAAAAAAUGCAUGACACUCAAUAUUUUUUACAAUUUUUUUGUGUGACAAGAAAAUAAAAAUUUUUGUUUCAUAACCUCAAAAAAUAUAUCUAUUUCUACUUUUUCAACAUUACCAAAUAAUCCUUGGAGACCAUCUGAAAACUGUUUCCAAUUUUAAAAUUGCUUUGGAUGACCAAAGACUAUUGAUCUGAAUUUUGUGUAGGGUUUUCAUCAUCCUUUAAAAUUGUCUUUUAAUCAGGAACUUUAGACAAAUUUGAUCUGAAUUUGAUAUAUCCUUCAUUUAAAAUGCAAGCUUUCAUUAUCUGCUUUCUGUGUAUUUGUCGGUUAGCGAUAAUAAGUAAGAUACAUUAAUUUUUUUUUUUUUCAAAUGUUGCCUACCCAGAUUUUUGCCCUCUGUUCACUACAUGAUAUAAAUUCAAUCAAAAUAAUUAUGAGUCCAGGCUAGGCAUUGACUUGAGUUACAUCCAUCAGAUGAAAUUAAUUGUUUGCUUCCCACGCCCAUAUUUUCUGAUUUAAACUAGGAAAGUAACAUCAUUUUAAAAAUACCAUUAUCAACAAAAUGUUUGACAUUGAGAAUCUUGGGAUUUUUGUGUGUUUUAUUAUAAAAUAUCUAAUUUUUUUUAAUGAGAAACAGGGUUUCCCAAUUUUUUUUUAUAUUCUGCACCCAGUUAUGAAUUGCUUGACCUGGUAUUCGACCCCCUACAAAAGUAAUAUUGCAUUUUAAAAUGGGAGAACAAAUGGGCUUCUAAUUUUCAAAUAUGGACUAUUUUUUAAAUUUAUUACUUGAGUUAGAAGAGAACUGCAAUAACAUAAUUUAUUACAUAAAUUAAACUGUUAAUGAAGAAUUUUAAAAAUAUAUAACAAUUUAUAUCAAACUUAAAAGUCUGUGGCUCCUCUGUCCUUAAAAAAAUCACCUUUACUUGUACCCCCUGAAAUCUCACCUUGCACCCCAUGGGGAUGUAAGCACUUCAGGUUGGGAAACCCUAAAAUAGAGGAUUUUAAAUUAACGUUUUAUUAAUAUUGAACUGAUACAAUCUAUUAGCGGUUAAAAUAAAUGCUUUAAAAAAUAAUCAAUUAAUAUUUUAUAACUGAAAGCUUUUUCAUUUAUAAAAAAACACUCAAGAGUAUGUAAUUUGAUAUUUAAAAAAAUUAAGAAAAUCGGAAUUGGAAACUAAUCAAAUGUUAGCUUAAUGAAAUAUUUGAGACAAUGGGAAAAGCUAGUUACAAGACAUGACACAGCAGUUACAUGAGAAAUUUUGAAUUUAAGUUUUUUUGUACAAAGUUAAAAUCAAAGAAUACCUGUUGGAUGCUGGAGACAACUACUGAAUUUAAGGAAAAGUCUUAAAAUCUUCACACUGGCAAUAUUUAUUGUUAAAACUUAUACAUUUAAAAAAUUUAGAAUCCAAUAUCUUCUAAACAAUUUGUUAGCACUAAGUCUUUCACCCAUCUUACCCAUUCAAAGACAAGUUUAGUUAAAAGUGCAUCUUAAUGAGCACAAUUAAAUUUAUAAACAAAUUUUCAGUUCAUUUCAAGUUUCAUAUAUUUUUUUUGGUUGAAACUAAUAAGUCCAGUAUUGCCAACUCAAGAAAUGAAAAUUUGCUGACAUAUUUUAAAGCUUCAAAAUUUUUACUGACAAAUACAUUUUUUACAAACACAUUAAUCGACAUUGUUUAAGAUUUAGUAACAAUUUCUGUUUUUUUAAAAAUAAACAGUCUUAAGUACUUACUAACAGGCCACAGAUGGUUGGCAACUCUGGACUGGUUACAUUAAUUUAAACAUUUUUACAUUUUAAAAAAUCUGUUAAGAAAAUCCACUCACUUUCAAACAAAAAUUAUGUCAACAAGGAAAUUAUAUUCAACCCCACAAAAAUUUCUUUUAAAAUAUUCUAAAAUUAAAAAUCUUAAAAAACAGACAUUUUGUAUGGUUUAUCCAGAUUUCUAUGUUUUUGUUACGGCAACAUGAGGUAGCUCAAUUAAUUAUAACAUCUGAUGAGGUUGCCUGAAUUUCAGGCAUGGAAGAUGUAGGGUUAAAAAGUAGUUAUUAAAGAAUCUUAGAAGAAAAUGGCUUAAAAAAAUAAUCACAUUUAAAUAUACAUUCUUUUCAUUUCUUCAUUUAAUUUAUUUUCAGUAACUUCUGAUGUGUGAAAAUAAUUAGAACUUAAUCGGCUGAUGUUUUGGGGAAAAUUAAAAAAAACAAAAACAUUACAUUUUUAAAAUAAUUUUAACAAUUUAUUUUGUCAGCAUAGCAAAUUAUUUUUUUUAAGCAUAGCUUUGUGUAACUUUGUUUCUUCAGUCAGCCAGUCAAGGAUUUCUUCUGUUUUGAUGACCCUCCAGGACCCCAUGAUAGCCUGGAAGAAAGCAGAGUAAGUGAAAGCUAAACUGUUUGAAUCUAGUGCCUUAUCUACCUUUGGAUAGCUAAGUGGAUGCCCACUUGUAGUUGCCAGGUGACAGUUUUUUUCUUCCUUUGCUAGCUCCAAGAGCUUGUAAACUCUGGAUCUAGUCAGAGAGCAUACUUUUUUUUCAGCUCUUUUUGAAUAGGCCACAAGGGGUCAUAAAAAAAAUGUCAAUAAAUUCAUAUCCAGAAUUAGUUGACAUGCUGUUAUGCUUUAUUAUGUAAAUCUCACAUAGGAAUAAAUGAUGACAUUCAUAAGGUGCUAUUUUAUUAGUCAUAAUUAGUAUGAUUUUGAACAAAAUUAACUUGUUUUCUGUCUCACUCAGCUGGAGUUUGAAAUAAGUUGUAUCACUGUCGUAGGGAGUUCUCUCUCCUAAAUGUAAAGAUUUGCAUAUAUGAGCUACUUUUCAAACAGGCUCAGUUUUUAAACCCUUCUUGUUUUUCCUAUACUUAGGCAAUCACACACAAAAAAAUGAAGUUCAUGAAUACAAAAGUUUAUAUUUAAUAAUAAUAAUAAUAAAGUUUAUUUGAAAAACACGCUUCAUCCCCAAAAGCUUGAAGCGCGUUACAAAGUCAACCACAUUAUAAAGAGAAAUAAAAACAAUCUGAAAUUUACCACAUUUAAAAAACAGACGCAACAAUUUUUAUAAAACUACAUACGAACAUACCAAGUCAAAGUAUUUCAUCCCGUUUCAACCAUAAGCAACACAGGCCAAUAUACAUUAACUGAAAAAGAUGGUAGAUAGCAUCACCCCAGAAAGUGUUUGCGAAAUAGAUGUGUUUUUAAAUCGGUUUUAAAGGACUUCAGUGUCUGGCUGUUUCUGAGAGCGACUGGAAGGGCGUUCCAAAUUGUUGGGCCGGCAAAUGCAAAAGUGCGCUUUCCGUAAGUCUCAAGGCGAACACACAGUAUCAAUAUUUUGCCACUAUCGGAUGAGCGGAGCUCUCGAGUGGGUACAUAAGGCGUCAUGAGAUAAGAUGGCGCCAGGUCAUGUAAGCAGCGGUAGCACAAAGUUGCAAUUUUGUACUCUAUGUGAGUGUAGACCGGCAGCCAGUGCAGUUCUCUCAGAUGUGUUUUAGCAUGGUAGAAUUUGCGUUUGCGAAGAACAAUGCGAGCCGCAUUAUUCUGUGCUCUUUGAAUUUUAUCCAGGAGCGUAGCUGGGAGACCCACCAUGAGAGCAUUGCAGUAGUCCAUGUGUGAUAACACAAAUGCAGACAUCAGCCUCUUUGAUGCAUGUAACGUUAAGAAAGGUCUGAUAUGACUAAUCCUGCGCAGCUCUAGGAAAAUUGCCUUGCAAAGCAUGUUAAUAUGAUUUUCCAUAGUAAGUGUACUGUCUAAAUAGACACCCAGGUCUCGCACUGUAUGAGCAAACUCAAUCUGCAUACCUGAGAGAGUAAGUGAUGGUGUGUUUGUUACAGAUUUUUGUUUCUGAGCAGUGGCAAUGGGGAUCAGCUCAGUCUUUUCAUCAUUCAAUUUGAGCUUGCUUAACUGACUCCACUGUCUUCUGUGUCGUACUAAGAAGUUGAGGAAACUGAGAGGGGAUCACGGAUUGAUGAAGUUGUGUAUCGUCCGCGAACAUGUGAUACAGCAUGUCAAAUUGCUUGAUCACUGCACCCAGUGGCUGAACGUACAUAGUGAAAAGCGUGGGGUCUAGGACCGAGCCCUGAGGUACUCCAAAUUCAAUUAUACAUUGCUUCGUGGUCAAGCCGUUUUAAAUAACUGACUGGACCCGAUUUGUCAUAUACGAGUGAAACCAUCUCAGGACGAUAUCUGUGAGACCGAAGUUUUUUGCAGAUGCUGGAGCAGUAUGCCGUGGUCAAGCGUAUCGAAAGCUGCUGAUAAAUCGAGUAAAGACAAAAUGGAUACCUGGCCCUCAUCACAAGACGACAGAAGGUCGUUUGUGAUGUGGAACAGGGCUGUCUCAGUAGAGUGAUGCGCCCUGUAUGCUGACUGGAAAGGUUCAAACAAGUCACAUUGAAUGAAGUGAUCCAGUAGUUGGCGGAGAACAACUUUUUCAACGAUUUUGGAUAUAAAUGGUAGAUUUGAGAUGGGGCGAUAAUUUUCCAUCACAUUUGGGUCAAGAUUUGCUUUCUUUAACAGUGGCGUUACUAUUGCCUCUUUAAAAGUUGAUGGAAUAAUGCCCGUUGUCAAGGACUUAUUUAUGAUACAAGUGAUGAUGGGGACUAUUUCAUCCAGACAUUCAUACAAGAGCCUUGUUGGAAGAGGGUCGAGUGAGCAUGACUUUCUUGGGGUAUUAGCCAGGAUUUUCCUCACAUUCGAUUCACUGACCUCAACAAAUUCACCCAUAGGAGGUAUUUGAUGGCAAUGAAUAAAAUAAUGACAAAGAAAUUAAAGUAUCUCAGGCUUCUUUUUAUUUUUUUAAAUUGCAUUUGAAUGUGAUUAUCAAACAUACAUAAUAACUUGAUCCUGCAGUUCUGAUGGGCAUCUCUUAAAUUAUUAAAUGUAUUAUUUGAAUUAUAAAAAUAACAUUUUCGAAUGUUCUGUAUAAUCAGAGUUGUUUUAUCUUGAAUAUUCUGUCAAUUAACCCAAAGUUCCCACAAUUAACUAAAAUCUCCCACAAUUAACCUAAAUCUCCCACUGUUAACCCAAAGUUCUCACAAUUAACCCAAAUCUCCCACAAUUAACCCAAAUCUCCCACAAUUAACCUAAAUCUCCCACAGUUAACCCAAAGUUCCCACAAUUAACCCAAAUCUCCCACAAAUAACCCAACUCUCCCACAAUUAGACCAAAUGUUCCACCUUGAUGGUCCUGAAUAAUUAGAAAGUUUUUAUUUGAAUAGUCCCAGGACACACUCCAGCCAUAGUCCUAGGACACACUCCAGCCAUAGUCCCAGGACACUCUCCAGCCUUAGUCCUAGGUCACAUGCCAGCCAUAGUCCUAGGACACACUCCAGCCAUACUGUACAGCUCAAGAUCUUUUUCUAUGGUACAUAAAAUUUCACAUUCUAUGUUACCCCCAGGCUCAGUGUGAAAGUAUGGAAGACAUGGUCUAUCGCCUUCGCAGUGAGCUGACUGAAAAAGAUGGAGAGAUCAGUCUCCUGAAGGAAGAACUGGAAUUGUACAAAAACCAGGUGCAGCUGCUUACCACUAGACUCAGGUAUGUGGAAGACUUUAUUGGACAUGCAUAUCUUGCAGUUGUUUUUUUUUUAUAUGAACUCUCCUUUGAACAAUGAUGUCCUGAGCCCAAAGCUCUUACAAGACAUACCAGUCAGCUUCCCACCAAGGUAGGCCAUGGAGCAGCAUGCUUGGUAUCCCAACCCCUGUGCCCUGACUAUUGAGUUGGGUUUGAAAAAAGUAAAUAUUCAGAUAGUUGAUGUAAAUAUACUUUGAACAUUUUAUUUGUGGGAGUGCAGGCGAGUUAGGGGUGGACCUUUGGAAAAUCCUUACUAAGCACCACAAGCUCUCGGUGGUGUUACACGGGAUCUUGCCUCUCCGUGGCGUGCCUGACUAGUAGGGGGGAGUUUCUCCUUCUGAAGCUGGGCGGUGGGGGUGGCUUUGCCACGUCACCUCCGGAGAGGUAGCAAAGCCAUUUCCAACCAAAACGUCCCGACCGUAUGACUCACUGGGCACCGGGGGUGGUGACGCAAAGCCGACCCUUGGAGAGUGGAAGCAAUGCCCAGAACCCUUCCUACUCAAGGCCGAGUUGCAUGGCCAAAGUCCCCAGGGACUACUGGGCCAUGUUUCACAGCCAGGGGUCCUAAGAGAUUGAAUCUCGACCUCCGAGUAUUGAACUUUAUUUGUGGGAGUGGCCACUUGCAUGACUCCCAACGCUAUGGGAGUAAUGCAAUAACAUGAUUACUUGCUGCCGUUAAUGGAUAUGAGGUCUGGGUGGCGGUUUAAAACCUGUACUGAUGAUUUUAGCUACGCUGCCCUGAGGAAGCCGCUCCUAGGCCACCAUUUCGUCCCAGCUUACGUCCCGACAGGAAAACUCACUGGAUUGUGGGGGCGGGGGGGGGGGGUGGUGGUAACGCAACACCUUUCCCCUGGAGUGGAAGCAAAGCCGUUCUGAGUCACGGUGAGUGGACCGUGAACACUUUAAACGCAGCGUUUUGGGUUGACCGGACGUCCCCCAGGCCAGGGGGGAGGUUUCCAGCGUGCGUCCGCACGGUUUGGCAGUGGGGAGACCCAGUGUCUGGCCCGCGGAGGUGUGCCGGGGGGGGGGCGGGUAUUAAGAGCUCGCACUCGACCACCCACCGAUGCCAUCUCCAAUAUGAAGUUAUUUUUGGGAGUGAAGUUUACUAAUGAGCAGUUUGAGCUAGGACUCGAUCUAGUUGCUGGAAACAUUGUUGAGUAAAGAUAUUAGCUAUGACUUCUCACUGCCACUAAUUGUUGUUAUUAUUUAAAGUGAAUAUGAUUAUAUAUUGUCACGUAAAAGCUUAAAUUAGAUUAGGAAUUCCUGACUGAGGGGGAAGUAACCUAUGGAUAUUCAGGUCAGCUAAAAAUCAAUAGUGAUGUAAUUUUUUAAUAAUGUGCAAUAAAAUCUCUCCUUGUCUUGAAAAUCUGAGGAUUGAAUUGCUACUCCCUGAAGCAUUUCUUACGAUAAACUUUUUUUUUAUUGGCUGCAUCAAUUUUUUGCAAAGUUAAUCCUUUCGUGCUCAAAUGUAACAUUAAACAUUUAAUUUUUUUAUUUUAAGACACAGAAUAAAUUAUUAAUUAUUUCCAUUUUUUAGUUUGAAAACUGAGCCUGUUGAAAAUUACUUUUAGAUUUAAUAUUAGUAAAUAAAAGAGGAAGAGCACACAAAAAAUGUCUUCUAAAUUAGUAAAAAAAUGAGUAUAAACCAAAUAUCAGCAUUUUAUAAUUUAGGCAGUACAUUUGCGUCUGAACUAUCAUCUACAAAUGGGUCUUGGGAAAUAUCAGAUAAACUCUUACUUUGGGAUUAGUGUAUGCAUUUCCAUUUCCUCUCAAGACUUCACCUAUUGACUCAGUCAAACAAUUGUUCCUGCUUAGAAAUAGAUCUGAAUUUUAUCUACAGAACAGGCCAUCACUCACUUCUUUAGAAUGCGGGUUUCAAUCAAAUUUUCAAGUAGCAAUAUCUGAACUAAUAUAUUUUAGAAAAUGCAAAUCUCGGACUGAUCAUUUUAUUGGUUUGGCUGCAGUUGAUCAUUGAUUUUGAAUAGGCCACAAGAGAUCAUUGACUGGAAUUGUGUCACCCUAUAAAAACUGUUUUCUACAAUGUUCCCUCUACGUUGUGCAUAUUUAUUAUUAUUAUCAUUAUAGGUCUGGGCUCACUGCGCCUCACAUAAAAAUAUUGGCGAAAAAAUAACAAACAUGAAAUUAAAAAGUUACAUAUGUUUAAUUAAUUUAAAUACAGGUCUAUAAAAAUAAUAAAAAUAUAAAAUUUAAAGUCCUUGUACACACCAAUUAUGAGAAGGGACACACAAUAAAAUAAAUUUAUGAAUUUUUAGAAAAUUUAAUAUUUUUUAAAGGAUUCAGUUUUGGUUGUCAUUGAUCUACCUCUGUCAAUGGUAAAAUAAAAAAAAUAUUAAUUUGCUUUGAUAAUUAACAGUCCCAAAAAUUAUCUAAUUAAGCUUCCAUUUAUUGAUUUGACACAGUACUGGCAUGCUUAGCCAAUCCUUAGAUUUUGCUUCACAUCUUACUGCACAUUUAUUUUCAAAAUUUUAAAAUACUGUUGCAUUUAAAAACUAUUGUACACAUGGUCUAAGAAAAAAUAGAGAUAACUUUGAUCAUCAUACAAUCUUUAUCUUAUAAAGUUGAUUUUAGUUUCUGUUAGGUAAUUGCAUGGUUCUAUUUUUUUAAUUCCUAAAAAUAUAUUUUUUUGUAAAAAAUGUGAAAAUUAUGUGAACUUAAUUUGAAAAGCAAAAUGGAGUUAAAAACUUUGGACCCUGAUGGAAAGUUGCCCUAUUAUAAGUGGCUAAUAUUGGAAAGGUCACCUUUUUUUGUCUAUAACAGUGAAAUGAACAAGCUGACCAACAGAGAUAAAUCUACAGAGAAACGCAGAAUCUCAACAGGAAGCUCACGUUACGACAUUGAUAGUUUCCUUGGCUCUGGAGAUAUUCUGAAGUCACACAAAGGAUAUGAACAAAAGUAGGUAAAUUUUACUAUUUCGCUGUUGGCCAGGCAUGGUUGGUAUGAAUGGAUGAGGUGUGAAAGCAAACGGCCAGGCAUGGUUGGUAUAAAUGGGUGAGGUUCAAAAGCAAACGAGAUAUACAUUAACCUUGUAUGUAUCCAGGUUUUUAUUUAGAGAGCUAUAUUUUUCUCUCCCUACUUCAGGAAUGAAGCCUUACAAGAAGAAGAUCAGCUUCCUGCCAAUGAUGAUUAGUGUCUAGGAUUUCUCCACUAGAUCCAGUAAAACUCAGCAAUCUCAACAUUUUGCCCUCAGUCGUUUAUUUUACAAUCAUAUUAAUACCCUGUCAUAAGAUGUGAUGAUUACCAUAUAUACUUGUCUAUAAGUCGAGGGCAGUUUUUUGACCAACAAUUAUGAAAUAAGCAAUGACUCGUGGAGUAGUUGAGAGUAAAAUAUGGGGCUAUGAAAUUCUGUGAUUUUUAUAAUUUUGUCAGAUUUUAUACCUAGCAGCAAUCACUGCACUGUUUACUAAACUAUGGUUGGAGUCAUUAAACCUACACUCUCCCACUCUCGGUAACUCGGCAUUUGCCUGUAUUCAAUGUAUAAAAUUCUGUUCAAACUAGCGCUGACCCAUGGAUAAGUGACCUGUGUUUUCUAAAUGAAGUUUACUACAAAAAUUUCUCGACUUAAAAACGAGUGUAUACGGUACAUUAUACUUUUCUCCACAGUUGGAGGUUGAGUGACUCAAGUGCCUUUAAAGUACAAUUUAUUUUGACACCUUUUUGAUCAUGUUUCCAAGUAAUAGGCAACCGCAGCCAACUGAAAUGUUUUAAACAACACAAAUCAACAGCCAUUUUUAAAAAAAAUGCUUAAUUUAACAUUUGGUUGAGUUUCUGUUUUAAUAUUACCACAAAUGUAACAAAAUAUAUAAUUAAACCAUCGCUGCUGAAGGAUGUGAAAAGUGGAGUUGAUCAUGUACAUGCUUUUUUUCUUUUUGGUAAGAGCAAGUACUUCUUGAAAAAUUUCAGUCAUCAUCACUUCACAGAUUUUAUGAAAAAAAAGUUAACACGUUUCCCCUCACGAAAAAUUAGGUAAAUAGAGUUACCCGUACUUUUGGGAAAAGAUCUCAUCUCGCAACAUUGUUUGUUCAGCUGUAUUCCGGUGUUUAUUGUUACCAAGGUAACAGGGUCCAUAUUUGUUUAGGUGAAGGGUUAUUGUUAAACCACGAGGUGUGGCUCAAAUAGUUCCUGGUGAAAAGGAAUUGGUGUCUAGUAUCUAGUAUUAUUAUUUUGCCUCUGGUUUGUUACAUUAUUGUAUAUUCUUUAAAAUGGCAGUUGUGUACUAUGUCAUGCAUGUUUAUGUGCAGAUGAUUUUGUAUUCUUUGAAGCUGUGUCCAGUGUCUUGAUCUGUGGUUGCAGGUCUAUAUUUUAAUUCAAGGGUAGGCAAACUGCGGCCCGUGGGCUGCAUCCCGGCAACUGAUACCAUGCGGCCCUCAAAGGCAUUUAGAAAUUAAAAAGUAUUACUUUGUUUUUAAGAUAUUUUGUUGAAUUUUACAAAAUUUCAUGUACCAUUAUGGUUGUUUUAACAUUUUUGAUCAACUUUCUUUUAAAUUUUCUAUUUUUUUAAACAGUCCUUGACUUUUGUCAUGUAAUGCUUAAAUGCGAAUUUACCGAUUUUAAUGUUUAUCGACAUGUAAAAAUUGGACAUAAUAUACGUGCGGCCCCCCAAUAGCUUUACAUUUAUCAAUGUGGCCCUCCGCACAAAGAGUUUGCCCCCCCUGUUUUAAUAAAAACUUUGAUAACAUUUUACAGACAUUUAUUUUUACAUUGUGAUAAGCUCAGAUGGGGCUGUGUAUUUUAACAGGGGCACCAAUAACACUGGCACCUGUAGCACGACAUCGAGGGGGGCCCUCCCCAAUAAUAUUCUUUGAAAUUAACCCCUACUAAACAACAGUAAUAUAUGGAGUGAAAGUUCUCUAAUUGCUUAAGUAAGUUUAUAACGCAUUCAUUUUUUCUCCACAGCAGUAUUUAAUGUAUGUGAAAUAAUUUGUAAUAAAAGAUAUGUAGUUUCUUUUAUUCCCUAAAAAUUCACUUACAGCUGAAAUUCUCUAAUAAACUGAAAAAACCCCACUGAAAUUAUAACCCAACAUACUAGACAUUGAACUUAUUUUCUUCUUUUGAGGACUUGUAUGUCUCCAAACUUGUUAACCAAAACAGGAUUAUUUCUCCAUUUAUUAGGUAAACCCAGCGGUAAUGGCAAUCAUAAGUGGCAAUUAGUUGUGGAAGAUACAUCAAUAUAAAUCAAUAUGUACCCGCAAUUUUUCAGAAACACAUAAUAUUGUUUGAUUAAAAAAAAUGAUCUUUUUAUAUACACCUAUCAUUUUUAUCAAAAUUCAUUUCAGCAUCUGUCCCAGUGUUUGCCAAAAGUUGGCCGAAAUUAUAAAAAUUUCUUGAUUGGUAAUCAUGUUUCGCUUGGCACAUGGCACAAUAUCCUUCCCUUGUCUGCCAUUCUCUGUUCCUUAAUACCAAUUCAUACGUGAGAGUGUGUGUCAAUAUUUGUCUGUGGCAUUGUUGACAUGUUGUUUGUUAUUAAUUACAAACUGUUAAUGAAAACCUUAAAUGUAUGGUGGUUGGUUCUCCUGAUCCAUCUGUUUUAUUCUUACUUUCUUCAGAAGGUUAAUGUUAUUUUAAAAACAUUUCAGGGUCAGUUCUUGUUAAACUGGGAACUUGUCAUGUUCUAAGGGGAACUUGCCAUGUUCUAAUGGAAACUGGUCAUGUUCUAAUGGGAACUUGUCAUGUUCUAAUGGAAACUUGCCAUGUUCUAAUGGGAACUUGUUACGUUCUAAUGGGAACUUGCCAUGUUCAAAUGGAAACUUGUCAUGCUCUAAUGGGAACUUGUCAUGUUCUAAUGGAAACUUGUCAUGCUCUAAUGGAAAAUUGUAAUGCUAUUAUUUAUGCAUCCUACAAUGUUGAUCUAAAAAGAUUUGAUCUUAAUUUUAAAAAAAAAAUGCUUUUCUAUGUUAUAUGGUAAAAAAUAUGAAAGUAUGUUUGAUGCCCUAGCCUUCAGCCUUGAUUUAAACCUUAGAUGGCAUGAACACUUCAUUUGGGUUUUAUAAUCUUUUUUUGUUAAAAUAUUUUUGAAAUGUGAACAAGAUUAGCUUCCCCUUGGAAGACUUGAACCUUUACGUUUUAACUUUUUAAUGUCCAGCUUUUCCCAUUUUUUUUCUUCUUUGCGUUAUAAUUGAUUUUUAAAAAAAAUAAAUUUCCCCUUUAAUUUGGUGCUAUUGCAUUUUAUAUUUCUCAAAGAGCAAUGCAGAUUAUUUUUGUCUCGUGAUAUUCAAGAUAAUAUAUUUUUAAAAUACACACAUAACUUAUCUGGUUUAUCAUCAAUUUUUAAUGCAAAUUAAACAGUUAAGCAAG